AUGGCGCACACGUUUGCUCACUUUGCGAUCGUCCUCGCUGUGCUGCUCUCGCUCUCCUGCAGCGCCAUCGCCGGGCGCCGUGAGCUCAUAGCCAGUGGCGCCACUGCCGUCAAACGCUACGUAGCGUCGGCGUCAACGCUUGCUUCGAGCAAUCGUGCAUUGACUGGCUCGUGCUCCCUGCGUGCUGACGUCACGUCUACCUACCAAUCGUUUACUUACACCCUCAGCGUUGCGGGCAUACCUGUCGGCAAGUCAGCAACUGUCACAGCUGCCGGUUUCUACAGGGUCAGCACGGGAGCCCUCGUGAAGGCCAUUCCCUGCACGGCCAAGGCGGACACAGCAACGGGCACUUGGAGCUGCGACGCGGAUGGCGGCGCACAGCUCACCUCGGCUUAUGUGCCUAUCGACCCGAUCUCAGCGUUAGUAAGCGCUGGGGUGUACGCGUCUCCCUCGAGCUUUUAUUUUUCUGUCAAAGUUGAUGGCGUUGAAGUGAAGGGGAAUGUUGUCGCAUCGAUUGGUCGGUACUACGUACAGUAA